CCUGCGCAUGCGCAGUGCGCACAUUUUCUUCUGCGUAGUGUCUCUGCUAACAGGCUGAUCUCUGCUGCUCGAUCUUAUAAACAUAUUUAUCUGCGUUUUCUUCCGUUUGCACUAUUUCAAACAACACGGACAAUGGCGGAUCCAAGAAUACGGCAAAUAAAAAUCAAGACCGGUGUGGUUAAACGUUUGGUCAAAGAUGAGAUGUUGUACAUAAAGGAGGCAAAGCAGCAGGAAGAGAAGAUUGAACGUCUCAAGGCAGAGGCAGGAGACGAGUAUGUAAUCAAGAAACAGCUGGAGGUGUUGCAAGAGGCAAGAAUGAUGAUCCCUGACUGCCAUCGUCGUUUAGCCAUGGCCCACGCUGACCUGCAACAACUGUUGGAAACAGAAGAGGAACUGGCUGAAAUGGAAGAAUACAAGGAGGCCAGAACUGUUUUAGAUUCAGUCAAGCUGGAAGGAUGAUGGACACAAACGAAUAAACACCCACAGACGCUAACGUACACACAAACAUCCCAAGUGUCCAUUCCAUUUGUUCUGACCUGUUUAGUGUUUCAGAAGCAAUGCGAGAUGUUUACUGAUUGCUUAUGUUUAGAUUCCAAUGAUUUUUGUAUUGAUUCAUAAUUUAACGACACCAUUUUCUUCCUAGAAAUCUGUGAUCAAAUGCACACAAUCGUGAAAUAAAGUUUCUUUAUACUA